AUAAAAUGAUUGUGUUUCACUCAAUAAGACCGCUGAUAAAACCUUGGAGGUGAAAGGCCUUUUCCAUACCUAACCACUUAUUUAGAGAGAGGAAAGUGUUAUGAAUUGGAGGGGUGGAUGAGAAUGGGGUGCAAUGCCUGUGGAAAGAAGAUCAAGCAAGCCCUACGGUCUCUCAAUGGUGUUAUUGAUCUUUUUUGUGACUGCGGCAGCAAGAUUUUUCAAGCGAAGGGCACAACAAAGAACAUGGAAUGCUUCUCCAAUGCAAUCUAAAAUCGAUCAAACGCAAAAAAUUCCGAUUUCUACCUCCACCGAACCAUUUGAACCUCAAGACCACCGACCCCCAUUUUCUCUCUCAACCCACACCCAGAUAGUAGAAGAGAAUUGUGGCCCUACGAUCACAAAACAAGCGGUGGUGGCCCAACAAGACCAAAUUCCUCAACGCCCUGUUUCUCUCUCUACCCACGCCGAAAUAAUGGAAGAGAGUUUCGCCGAAAGAUAUGGAAAUUUCGGCUGGUGCGACACCCGUCAGGGCUUUCACGAGCCACGAGACGAAACGCGGACAGGAAUUUAUCAUGCUGCCCGAAACGAAACUUGGGGAACACACCGCCAAUUGCGGCCAAUUUAUUCUCCGGAAUAUGGCUUUUGCCGGCCAUAUAAUGCCGGAUUCCCUCUAGAAAGAGAGUGGACCAUCGAUUUUCCGACUCCUGCUCGUGAUGCGAAUCGAAUCGACUCGAUGUUUAGCGAGGAGAACCCAAACGCGUGCUGUAUAGUCUAGAAAGAGGCUACGGAUUCUCUCUCUCUACAUUUUGUAGGGAAUCCGUUCUCUCUCUCCAGGUUUUGUACGGGAUUUUUUACUUUUAUUUGUAAUGGAAGGUGCCGUAUCUGAUGAGGGGGAGAUCGGACGGUGGGGAGUGGGGGUUGCGUGAUAGUUUGGGCGAUCUGGACCGUUGGUGUAUGUUAAUGUGGAUAGGGUUUGGGUUUGGCUUUGCUUUGUGUAGAGUGUUGUUUAUGAGUGGGGAGGGUGGGUUGUGAGUGCAGGGUCUUGGAAUCAGAUUCACAUCUCAACUUCUCCACCACUUCCUCUUACU